AUGUCAACCACAAGCCAGUCAGACAAUGAGAGCCGGUCUCCAACUCACCCUGCCCAACAUGGACCGACGAAUCGAUCAAACCCCACCAGUUUGGCCAACCAUCGAACUCGUCCCUACCCCACCUCCUUGCCACGCAAUGGAGGGGGGGUCGCCUGCCCAGCAGGAGUAACGAUACUCGACCCAGCCCCUUGCCGAGUCCCACUGGGGUCGAAACUCAGUCAGCCCGUCACCGACCAACAGUGGGAACCGUUCGCCAUUUUGGACGGCCAGGAGCGGGUGUAA